AUGCGCAUGAAUGCUAGUACAUCUAUGCCCGUCAAUGCUAUGGCUACCUCUAGCCAAGGUGGAGUUGCUUGUGAUUAUUGCGGUAUGCAUGGUCAUUCUCUAAUGGAGUGUUCUAUUAAUCCCAAUGGAGCUAUGGGAGUGCCAGAGCAAGUUAAUGCUUUUCAAGCUCGUCCUCUUUUCAACAACAAUAGCUAUUAUCCUGGAAUUCGGAAUCAUCCUAACUUGUCAUAUCGCAGCAACAAUGUGUUAAAUUUUCAACAGCAACACUUUCCACCACAAGCACCACAACAACAAUAUGGGCAACAUCAGCAAUUUCAGCCCAAUCAAGGACCACCCGGUUUCCAAAGGCCUCCUCAAGGCCAUCAACAACAGCAAUUUCAGAACCAACAACCCCAAUCCGAAUUGGGGGAGUUGAAAAACAUGAUGGCCCAAAUGGCCAAACAGCUUGAGCAACUCGGUACUCACAAUAAAAUGCUUGAAACUCAAGUUGCUCAAUUGGCUGCAUCUAGCUCCUCUAGACAAGCAGGAGCAUUGCCCGGCCAACCCACUCAACCACAUGGCAAGGAGACCGCCAAUGCAAUCACUACAAGGAGCGGGUUGAGUUAUGAUGAGCCGCCCAUGCCUCACAAUGAAGAGUCAAAUUCGAAAGAAGUGGGCAUUCCUGAAGUGGUUAUUGAUGAAGCACCUUCUGAGGCAGUGCACGAGAAAGAGAAAGCAAAAGAAGAGGCAUUGCAAGUGCCUCCCAUCACACUUCCUUUUCCCAACCGCCAAGUAAAGAGCAAGCUUGACAAACAAUUCGGUAAGUUCUUGGAGGUAGUUAAGAAUUUGCAGGUAACAGUUCCUUUUACUGAAUUAAUCACACAAGUGCCUGCUUAUGCUAAAUUCAUGAAGGACAUAUUGACUAGGAAAAGAGCCUUUAGUGAGGUGGAAACAGUUGCUUUUACUGAACAAUGUAGUGCUUUGCUACAAAACAAAUCCCCUCCAAAACUGAAAGAUCCUGGUAGUUUCUCCAUCCCCUGUCACAUUGGGACACUGUUUAUUGAUAAAGCUUUAUGUGAUUUAGGAGCUAGUGUCAGUGUAAUGCCUUUUUCUGUCUGUUCUAAACUGAAAAUGGGAGAUCUAAAAGUUACCAAUAUUACUUUACAAAUGGCCGACCGUUCUGUUAAAUAUCCUUUGGGUAUUUUAGAGGACGUCCCUGUUAGGGUAGGUAAGUUUUAUAUCCCUGUUGAUUUUGUUGUUCUUGAUAUGAAGGAAGAUCGACAAAUUCCUAUUAUUUUAGGAAGACCUUUCCUUCAUACGGCAGGAGCAGUUAUUGAUGUGAAAAAUGGUAGACUUACACUUUCUGUGGGGGAUGACAAUAUAACUUUCAAUUUGAGCAAUGCUUUGAAAGGUCCCAUGCUUGAGGAAAAAUGCUAUGCUAUUGAUGUAGUUGAUGUGAUUUGUCAUGAUAACUUGCCCCUAACUCUUAUGAAAGAUCCUUUGGAGGCCGUUCUUUGUCUUGAAUCUUCUACAGGUGAUGCUAGCAUUUGGAAGACUGAAAUUGAUGCUAUUGAACAAGCUCUUUGUAAUGAAGAGCUUAGUCACAACAAAGGUAAAGAAGCCCGAACUAAAACCUCUCCCUUCCCAUCUUAA